AUGGCCUCUGCUGCUGUACUCUCGCGGCGGUUGCUGCUCUCCAAGACCGCACAGCAUGGACUCAGGGAGUCGCGGAAUGUGCUUCGUCUUUCUGAUGCGCUCAGGUCCCAAGUGCCAGCAUAUGCCUCGCUGGCCAGAUACUACGCUUCCAAAUCCUACCCUCCUCACACUAUCAUCAGCAUGCCUGCUCUUUCGCCUACCAUGACUUCUGGAAAUAUUGGGGCUUGGAACAAGAAGGCUGGAGACACCCUCUCUCCUGGAGACGUCCUGGUGGAAAUCGAAACCGAUAAGGCUCAGAUGGACUUUGAAUUCCAAGAGGAAGGUGUUUUGGCUAAGGUCUUGAAGGAUGCGGGUGAGAAGGAUGUUGCUGUUGGUAACCCAAUUGCUGUCAUGGUCGAAGAAGGAGAGGACAUCACUCCAUUCGAGUCUUUCAGCCUCGAGGAUGCAGGCGGUGAUAAGACCCCUGCUGCUGACAAGUCACCCAAGGAGGCUCCCAAGCCCGAGGAGUCUGAGACCAAGUCCGCUCCAUCCCCAACUUUCGAGGAGAACAAGCCAGAGGCUCAUGAAGCAGAUACUACCGGAGAGAGGCUACAGCCCAGUCUCGACAGGGAGCCAUUCGCCAGCCCAGCUGCCAAGGCCCUCGCUCUCGAGAAGGGUGUUGCGAUCAACGACGUGAAGGGAAGUGGCCCCGGUGGGCGAGUCACCAAGGAAGACGUCGAGAAGCACCAGGUCGCUGCCCCAGCUGCUGGUGCUGCAGGCCCAGCCUACGAGGAUGUUCCAGCUUCCUCUAUGCGCAAGGUUAUCGCCAGCCGACUUGCUCAGUCGAUCCGUGAAAACCCACACUACUUCGUCUCCUCCACUCUCUCCGUCACCCGCCUGCUCAAGCUUCGCCAAGCAUUGAACGAAUCCGCUGAAGGCCGAUACAAGCUUUCUGUGAAUGACUUCCUCAUCAAGGCCUGUGCCGUUGCCCUCAAGAGAGUUCCCACCGUUAACUCCCGAUGGAUUGAGCAAAACGGCCAAGUCAUGAUUCGCGAACACAAGACCGUCGACAUCAGCGUCGCCGUUGCCACUCCAUCCGGCCUCAUCACUCCCAUCGUCAAGGGCGUUGAGGGUCUCGGCCUGUCUAACAUCUCCAGCCAGGUCAAGGAUCUCGGUAAGCGCGCAAAGGAGAACAAGCUCAAACCUGAGGAGUACAAUGGUGGCACCUUCACCAUCAGCAACAUGGGCAUGAACCCUGCCAUUGAGCGCUUCACCGCCGUCAUCAACCCACCUCAGUCCGCCAUCCUCGCCGUCGGCACCACUCGCAAGGUAGCCGUCCGCUCUGAGCUCGAGGAAGGCACCGAGAUUGAAUGGGACGACCAGAUCGUGGUCACUGGCAGCUUUGACCACAAGGUUAUUGACGGUGCCGUUGGCGCUGAGUUCAUGCGUGAGCUCAAGAGAGUCGUCGAGAACCCUCUCGAACUUCUUCUCUAA